UUCGUUAUGAAGGCUAAGUUUAGCACCCGCUCACACACGAUUCCAAGCAGGAAUUACAUUGUGAAAGGUCAUAAAACUGCAGCUCUAACACCAUAUCCCGGUAAACCACAGCAUAUGAAGGCAAACUGGAUACAGUUUUAAAGGCAGCAAUAGGCAGUUGCAGGUUUUUUGUUUUUUUUUUAAAUCUAUGAACCGCUAAAAUUUAAAACUUUGUGAACAGAAAUGCAUUUUAUGUUGCUCAAUCUUUAAGGCCCCUUGAUAACUAAACCCUGUAAAUCUCGCGAGAGUGCGUGAGGCGAUAAGUUGAGGGAACAUGGCGACGUCUAAUUUGCUAAAGAACAAAGGCUCCCUCCAGUUUGAGGACAAAUGGGAUCUGAUGCGCCCCAUCGUUCUGAAGUUAUUGCGCCAGGAAUCCGUGACAAAACAGCAGUGGUUUGAUUUGUUUUCGGAUGUUCAUGCAGUUUGUCUUUGGGAUGACAAAGGUCCAGCAAAAAUCCACCAGGCUUUGAAAGAAGAUAUCCUUGAUUUUAUCAAACAAGCACAGGCAAGAGUGUUGAGCCAUCAGGAUGACACCGCAUUACUCAAAGCCUACAUUGUGGAAUGGAGAAAGUUCUUCACUCAGUGUGACAUCCUCCCCAAGCCAUUCUGCCAGCUCGAGAUUACACUGAUGGGGAAACAGGGCAGCAACAAGAAGUCAAAUGUAGAAGACAGCAUUGUGAGAAAGCUCAUGCUUGACACGUGGAAUGAGUCCAUCUUUUCCAAUAUAAAGAAUCGGCUGCAGGACAGUGCAAUGAAACUGGUGCACGCAGAGCGAUUGGGAGAGGCAUUUGACUCGCAGCUCGUCAUUGGAGUCCGAGAGUCUUAUGUGAAUCUGUGCUCCAACCCCGAAGACAAACUUCAGAUUUAUCGGGAUAAUUUUGAAAAGGCAUAUCUGGAUUCAACUGAGAGAUUUUACAGGACACAAGCUCCCUCAUAUUUACAGCAAAAUGGCGUUCAGAAUUAUAUGAAAUAUGCUGAUGCUAAGUUAAGAGAAGAAGAGAAAAGAGCACUUCGUUAUUUAGAGACGAGGCGUGAAUGUAACUCUGUACAAGCACUUAUGGAGUGUUGUGUAAAUGCACUUGUGACGUCGUUCAAAGAGACAAUCUUAGCAGAAUGCCCCGGCAUGAUUAAAAGAAACGAAACUGAUAAGCUACAUCUUAUGUUUUCACUCAUGGAUAAAGUUCCAAAUGGAAUCGAACCCAUGCUGAAAGAUUUGGAGGACCAUAUUAUAAGUGCCGGGUUAGCAGACAUGGUAGCAACAGCUGAAACGAUCACUACUGACUCUGAGAAAUAUGUAGAGCAGCUGCUUACAUUAUUUAAUCGAUUCAGUAAACUAGUUAAAGAAGCAUUUCAAGAUGACCCUCGCUUUCUGACUGCCAGAGACAAAGCAUAUAAAGCUGUUGUGAAUGACGCCACAAUAUUUAAACUUGAGCUACCCCUGAAGCAAAAAGGAGUGGGUUUAAAAACACAGCCUGAGUCCAAGUGCCCUGAGCUGCUAGCAAACUACUGUGACAUGUUGUUAAGAAAAACACCGCUUAGUAAAAAACUUACCUCUGAAGAAAUUGAAGCAAAACUGAAGGAGGUGUUACUGGUGCUAAAAUAUGUGCAAAAUAAAGAUGUCUUCAUGCGGUAUCAUAAAGCACAUUUGACUCGCCGUUUGAUCCUGGACAUUUCAGCUGACAGCGAGAUUGAAGAAAACAUGGUGGAGUGGCUUAGAGAAGUGGGUAUGCCUGCAGACUAUGUAAACAAACUGGCCAGGAUGUUUCAGGAUAUUAAAGUAUCCGAAGACCUUAACCAGUCAUUCAAGGAAAUGCAUAAACACAAUAAGCUUGCAUUACCAGCGGAUUCAGCGAACAUUAAAAUCCUGAAUGCUGGAGCCUGGUCCAGGAGCUCUGAGAAGGUGUUUGUGUCUCUGCCCACGGAGCUGGAGGACCUCAUUCCGGAGGUCGAGGAGUUCUACAAGAAGAACCACAGCGGCAGAAAACUGCACUGGCAUCACCUCAUGUCCAACGGCAUUAUAACGUUUAAGAAUGAAGUGGGCCAGUAUGACCUGGAGGUCACCACAUUUCAGCUGGCCGUUCUGUUUGCCUGGAACCAAAGACCCAGAGAAAAGAUUAGUUUUGAAAAUCUCAAAUUGGCAACCGAGCUCCCAGACGCAGAGCUUCGACGAACCUUAUGGUCUCUUGUAGCUUUUCCAAAGCUAAAGCGGCAGGUGUUAUCAUACGAACCUCAAGUCAACUCACCCAAAGACUUUGCAGAAGGCACCCUCUUCUUCGUGAACCAGGAGUUCUCUUUAAUUAAAAACAGCAAGGUUCAGAAAAGAGGAAAGAUUAAUCUCAUCGGCAGACUGCAGCUGACAACAGAGAGAAUGAGAGAGGAGGAAAAUGAAGGGAUCGUCCAGCUAAGAAUAUUAAGAACCCAGGAGGCCAUCAUCCAAAUAAUGAAAAUGCGCAAGAAGAUUACCAACGCCCAGCUCCAGACUGAACUGGUAGAAAUUCUAAAAAACAUGUUUUUACCGCAGAAGAAAAUGAUCAAAGAGCAAAUUGAAUGGCUUAUCGAGCACAAAUACAUCAAGAGGGAUGAGUCGGACAUAAACACCUUCAUUUACAUGGCGUAGCGACGAGGAAGAGCGCACGAGUGGCGAUGAUCACGCCAGGCGGACCCGGCUCUGAUCGGAGGAAUGUCAACAAGAAAAAACACAAAAUACUGGAUUUGUGAAUUACUCUUCAGUUACAUACAUAUUAAAAUCCCUGCCUUGCCUUAUAAAGAAAAAAAAGAGGACUAUAUUUUGCCAAUGUUAUUCGGUAUGCAUGGUGGCGUUUUGCCUUCGUGUUUCUCUCAUCUUCAACGGCAUGCAAUUUUGUGGAAAUAAUGCAUUCAUCAAACAAGCCUGUUGUGUGCUGUUAAAAAUAAUUAUAAUUUCGAUCCACUGUGCGAGUCCGCUGUCGGAUGGAUUACAGAUAUUUCUUCUUUUUCGGACGUGCCCGCAACAGUAAACCUAGACCCACACAUCAUUAUGCACUGGGGAACUGCUAUUAGUUUUGUAUAUAAAGAAUUGUAAUUAGAACUAGGAUUAGCACUUCCACUUUAUGUUCUGGACCGUUUCCUUUUUCGGCAUACAGUUUCUGAAGAUGGUUUAUCAUUAAUGUUGGUGUCCUGAAGUUUGCAAGUUGUAACCGACAGUUGUAUUACCAUGCAUUUCCGUAAUGCGAUGGCAGUCUUUUCUCUAAGUCAACAAUAUUUUCAGUAAACCUUAUUUUAUGUCUCCGGCCCCAACACAUUUUUUUUUUUUUCUUUUUAUUCUUUUUGUCUCCUAAAAUAAGGUUUGUACUGCUGGUUAUAAAACAAAACAGUGUUGCGUUCAGUUUUCCGAAUGCCGUGAAAAUUGAUUUCUUUGCGCUGAAUUAGGUUGCUAUUAAACAAAACAAAAGCAAAAAAAAAAAAAAACAUUCUUUUAGAGCUGAACCUGAACAAAACAAUGUUCUAGCCUCCUGCAUAAAGGGAUUUGCAGUGGCUUAUUUACAUUGCAAGGGUCAUGCUUGCUUUUAUUGUUACAUUUAGUAAAAUUUCAGUUUCAUCUUUAGCCCACUACAAGAAAUACUUUAAAGAUGUGGUUUUGGAUCUUGGCAUUCAAGAGAGAUAUGUUUCUAAAACUGCAUUUUCUUGAAUUUUGCUGCCUUCUAUUAUAUAUAUAUAUUUGAUACAGUACAAAUCAAUACACUUGUAUUUACCCAUUUCCCCUCCCCUUGAUACACACAAAGUCAGACACUUGUAAGUAAUAAACCAAAUGGGUCAAUUCUCCAAUGUCAGUAUAUAACAUGUUUUUCGAGGCUAUUGUAUUGUAAAUAUUUAAUUUAUAUAAAACUUGAAAGAAGAAAACAGUUUCACACUUUGUCUGCUUAUUUUAACAAUAAAUACGAUUGGUUGGAGAAUGGCAACGUGUCAAGCUUUUAAAGAAAAAAAUUCACAGUUUAUUUUUAUUUUUUUUUAUCAAAUUUUAUUAAAUGUUACAAAUGAUCAAGUGGGCAACAAUGUGCAAACAGUUUUUACAGAUUAACUUUAAGCCUACUAUUGAUCAUAAAGGGGGGUUGCAUUUACUUUAACCUUAGUGGAUGUAUAGUUCUAACUGCCUAAUACAGAAAUAACUGCAAACAGUGGAUGUAUGUGGGCUAUAAAAUACUUCAAUAUGGGGAUUACAAUUAGUACUUGUGUUAGUCAUGCACUUUUACAUAAUCUCUGUGUUCAAUGUAUUGGGUUUUUAAUUCCUUAAAAAUAUCUGAAGAUCAAUAAUGACAUACUGUAUUAUGUCACUAUCCUUUUUUAAUAGCAAAUAUUGUGAUGCUAAUGCUAACAGUUGUGAGCCAUUAAAACAUUUUUUUAAAAGGUGUGGAUGCAGACUUCUGCAGUAAAAGAUGCAGCCCCUAAAUGGUCUCACCCAUUUAUUAACUUGUGUCCAUGUGUAGAAAUGACAUUGCAGUUAACCUGUUGUGGUGUUGGAGAACAUGGGGCCCUUGGUUUAUAGCAAUUACUGUAGUUUACUUGACACACAAAGAAGUGCACAGUCCUGCAGUACUGUUUAAAAUAAUUCCACAUUCAAGAAAGGAAUUCCGAAUUUAGAUGCUAAGCUGGGUGCUGCUGUGCUGAACAUUACCAUUACAAUCCAAUGCUUCUUAACAGGCCGAAUUCCUCAGUUUUAUUCUGUAGUUUUUGAUACAGUGCUUUAAAAGGGAUUCUGAAUCAUGAUUUUUUUUUAAAUUAUUAUUAUUUAGAAUAUGGUUGACAGUUUAGAAAACAUAGAUUUUCGGUCUCUUGUAACAGAAGUAAAUAAAAAACAAAAAAACAGGGUUUUUGCACCAGGGCCUGUUUUGAAACGAGUAUAAAGGUACAAAAGUUUUUGACCAGUCUAUAUAACGAGCAAGAAACAACUUAGGUGGAGGAAGGAACAUUUCAAUUACUUUUUCAUAAGUUAGUUUUUAUACAGUUGAAUUUAUUCCUGAAAGGACAAGGGUCUAAAGAUGGGAAUUAUGCCGACAAGUAACAGACAAAAAAUUAAUAUUUAAUACGGAAGUUUCACCUUCAACUACAAUCAGGUAGAUUUGAGUAAAUGAACUUGUCUAAUGUCACAUUCUUAUUCUUUGCAUGUGUAUCGAAUGCAUGCCCGCUUGUGAAACAACUUCAGUCUUCAGUGUGUUGGCAGUAUAGCAGCAUACAGAAGACUGACCUUGUAUAAAGAUGGCACUUGCAUUCAUAUUAGCAACAUUGAACAAGUGGGCCUGCACAGGAUUCUGUACACACGGAAAAAAUAAAGAAUGUGGCAAUAGACAAGUUCAUUUCUGGUACAACUUCCAUAGUAAAUAUUUCACUUUUAGAUGCCAUUUGUAGACCUUGUCCUUUUGGUUUUGAUUCAGUUUUUUAACUAUUGCUGUUGGACUUUCUUAAACUCCAGAGUAGCUAAAGGUACAACUCUCAGAAUACUUUGUGCAUUUCCACAGAAUUUUAAAUUUAUUUUUCCUAAAUCCUCACUUCCACCCUUGCUAAGAACAGUGGUUCUUAUUGGUAGAUACAGUUUAAAAAUACAAAUGAUAGAAUGUAUGAGAAUGGAUUAUUAAACACCUUGUUUUUAUUAUCCAUAGAAUCUUAUAAGAUGUGGGCACAUUUUUCAUAUUUUUGGUAAUAGUUAUUGUGUCAUCACAACAAACUUUAUCUAGGGUAUGGAACACUUUACAGUAUUUGGAGCCUGGAGUGGUGAGCAAACUUGAAAUCCUAAAUUUUAUCUUUUCUGAUAUUUACCAGUUGAAUGUGUGCCACUACAUAACAAGGUCAAAAGGCUGUACAGUUUUAUUGAAUGGUAGUCAUUUCUGUAUGCCGGUUCCAGCUGAACUAUUUUGAUGUACUGCAUUAUUUUUUAAUUUAUUUUUUAAGUUGUUUAAUUUAUUUUCUGGAAAAAUAAAAAUGUAAUGUAAAGAAGUU